AUGCUUGAACUCAGUUUUUUUAUGACUAGCGAAGGUUCAAUGGAUCGUUAUACCGGGGAGAGAAAAUACAUCCAGGGUCAAGAAAGGAUGUCGUACAGGGUCAAGAAGGUAAUUUUUGCAAUUGUGCCAUUGUUUAAGGCAAUACAUUCCGUUUACAGAGAGAACAAAUUUGAACUUAAAUGUAUCAAGGAUAUGAAAUUGUUGUUCUCGAAUUUCGAUUUGACACUAAACAAGGCAGAUGGUUUCUGCAUGAAAGCUUCAAGCAACAAGGAAAUAAUAUUUAUUGAGGUUUCUGAAGCUCCUAGCAACAUAAACCAGCAGAAAAAAAAAGAUCGGAAGAAAAACAAAGCUUUAUCCGAAGAACCAGAAAAUAAUAUUGUUGAAGACGAACAAGAAGUCGAUGAAGAUGUAGAUGUAGAAGAAAAAAAUUGA